AUGAACGUCCUUCUAUCGCCGCAGCCGCCUGUUCUUCCCCAUCAGCGCGAAGCAGCUCGCUGCCCAACUCCUCUUUCUGGUAUGCUUGCCUCCUGCUCUCGCUCCUCCUCGCUCGAUGAUGAGAAGGAUCGAAGAAGGGCUCUUCUUCACCGUGCGAGAAAUUCGGGUCGCCUUUUUUCUGACCCGUCUGCAGCGUCCCAAAUCGCCAUGGCUUCCAGGAAGCGGAAGGUCGAUGACGACCAGGACGAGAUGUCCGUCUCGCCGCUGAACUCGCCGCCAACAAUCUCGAGACAACUAGCCUCAAGGCCGCCGAAGAGAACAAGGCCUAUCAACGACAUAACUGGGCGUCCUCUCCCGUUACACCGCCUACUCGAGACCCUCAAUACUACACAACUGCGCCAAGUCUUGCAGAAGAUCUGCGAGCGCCAUCCCGAAAUUAGUUACGAGAUUGUUACGACCGCAGAACGACCGUCCCCUGAAGCCGCCCUUCAAGUCCUUAGCGAGUAUCAAGAGAAGCUACGCGCAGCGUUCCCCUUCGGAGAAUCAAGUUCUGAUUACACCUAUUCCCGAGUCAGGCAGGCCCUCAUCAGUCUGACUGAUGCCAUCUCCGAUUUCAUUCCGCAGUUCCUUCCACCGAUCGAGCAGCAGGUCAACCACUCUUUUCAGUUCCUCGACGGCGCUACAAAAAUCAUCCACGAACUGCCCGACUGGGAUAACAAACAGUACAACCAUCAUAAGGACAAUGCCUACGACGAGAUUUCGAAUGCUUGGGCUUUGACGAUUACGGAGGCGGCCAAGCGUGGUGGUGGCUUCAUUUUGCAUAGUGCUGGCUGGGAUCAGUGCCUUGCCAAGCACAAUCAGCGGUCGGGCGGCAAGCUGGGACUGGCCAUGAACGCUUUGGUCACUCAUGUUGGUUGGAUUGGGAACAAUAAUGGGAAUGUCUACCAGAGCAGCCCGGCUCCUCUGUCCGACCAAAGCUCAAUCCUGAACCAACUUCUUAACGGGACUUACGGUUCGCCUGUCCGCGUUGGGCCAUGGUAA